AUGAUAAUAAGUUAAAUAAGUAACAAUGAGGAUUGUCCUGAACCCUUAGAAACAAAUAUGAAUAAGAGUUCUAAAGUGUUAUUAUGGGGGAGAAGAACUCAACAUCAUAGUUUUGGUAUAGAUAAUCCUAUUUGGAAAUACAGGGCAUUCAAAAUAAUACUGAUAGUUUCUAGAUUUAUUGUUCUGAUCACAAAAUAAAUCAUUAAAAAGGAUUUAAGUCUUUUUACAAAACAAGAAUUCAAUUUAAUCCAAGACUAUGCAGCAGACUAUAAUUUCUAUAAAUAUAAAGGAUUCUUACCAUAGGAUAAACCCUCAUAUUUCUUAUUAAAAUUACACACAUGGUUUUCAUGUAUACUAUGUAAAUGUAAAUAAUUAAUUGCAGAACGAAAGAGUCGAUUAUUUAGAAACAUUGUUCGAACAUGGUUAUUGAAACCAGAUGACACAAUCAUAAUCAUAUGGAAUAUUUAUCUGAUAGUGAUUGUGACAAUAAAUGUUUUUUAUGUUUCUUUACGUAUCUCAUUUCCAGAAUUAGUGGAUUUUCCUUUGGCAAGUAAGGAAUUCUUUUUUGAAUAAUUACCUGUUUAUUCAUUUCUAUUAGAGAUUGUUUUAAAAUUCAAUACUUGUAUCUACAAUAAGGGAAUCCUCAUUACAAGUAGAAGAAAGAUAGUGAAAUAUUAUUGCAUAGAAGGUUGAUGGAUAUGAAUAUUAGAUAGGAUUUUUAAUUGAUUUAUUUUUAGUAGUACCUUUUUUUAUAGGUCAGCAAUUUGAUUUUAGAUACUUUGACUUUGUGAUCAUAUUGAAAGUAUUCUAGUUGUCGAGUUUAUUCUCGUCUCUUUUUAAUCGUUUAGAAUUAUCCACUAAAUAAACAGCAAUAUUCGAUUUGUUUAAAAUGAUGUAUUGAUUAUAAAUAUGUAUUAGAUCAUUUAUGAUUUUGGUAGCUCAUUUUUCAGCAUGUAUAUGGCAUAUAAUAGGUUAAUGGGGUGAAUGGGGUAAUUAUGAAGGCAAAACAUGGUUGAAGAUAGCUAAUUUAUAGAAUGAAUCUUGGUUAGAUAGAUAUGUUGUUUCAUUUUAUUGGAGUAUUGUAACAAUGACAACAAUUGGAUAUGGAGAUAUAACUCCAGUCAAUUUAACAGAAAGAAUCUUUGUUAUAUUUAUGACAAUGAUAUCAUCUGCUACCUUUGCAUAUACAGUUAAUAAUAUUGGAGGUAUAUUCCAAGAUUUUUCAAAGUAAUCAGUUUAAUUAAAAAAUAAUAUGAAUCAAUUAAAUAGAUAUUUGAAAAGUUAAAAUGUGUCUGAUGAUUUAUAAAUUAAAUUUAGAAGAUAUUUUGAAUAUUUAUGGAGUAAACCUUCUCAAAAAGUAAUACAAUUUUCUGAUAUGAUUCCUAAAAGUUUAAAAGAUCAAAUGAUUGUUGAUGUCAAUACAAAGAUAUUAAAUUAAUUAUCUUUUUUUAAAAAUUUUAGUUAACCUUUAUUAAAUAAGUUGUGUAUGUAAUUAGAAGAGAAACAAAUAUAAUCUGAUGAAUAUUUGUUCAGAAGGAAUAAAUAAUCAUCUUAAUUAUAUGUAUUGGUGACUGGAGAGAUUAAAUUAGUGAUAACUCUAAAAGAUUAACCAAGAGUAUUAUAAAAGAUAAAUAAUCCAUCUUUUAUAGGAUAAUUAGAUUUCUUUUCAAAAAGAUAAUAUUAAUAUGAUGCAGUAGCAUCAAAGACAACAAAAGUUCUUUAAAUUUCAAGAGAGUAAUUACAUUUUGUGUUUAAGGAACAUCCUUCAGAUUACGUAAAAACUUAAUUUUUAUAAAUGUUUAGGAAAUAUAUUAAUAAAUAACAGAUGAUAUAAUAUUUAAGUAGAAUUUGAAGACAAUUCAAAUAAAAUGUAAUACAUGUUAAAGUGAUUAUCAUUUUACAAAUACAUGUCCAAUUUUAUUUGGUCUACCAAAUAGGAUAAAGGCUCUCUAUAAUUAUAGAAAGUUUACUCCAGUUGAUAGAACAAGUAGAUAUGUUAGACAUAAUCAUACUAGAAAAAUGUAUGCAUUGAAACAUCAUUUCAUUGUUUUAGAGAGUGUGUUAAAUUAUAUGAUGAAAAAUGAAGAUCUUGUUUAGAUUGAAGAAAUUAAAGAAUUAUAAUAAUAACAUGGAAUUCAUUUUGGAAAUUAAUUUACAUUGAAUCAUAUACCAAUAAAUGUGUAGACUCCUUUAUAACCCAAAUCAUCAUAAUCUUAAAGAAUUUAAGAUGAAUCAUCCCCUCGUACUUUUCGAUUUUGUCCCAAUUCUAAUUAAUAUGUGAAUACAACUGGAUUUAAAAAUCAUACAAAAUUAUCUAUAAAUUAUGAAUCUUAAGCAGAAUUACCAGAAGAGGAAGUACCAUAUGAAAAACCAAGCAAAAAAGGAGGUAAUGAAUCUUUAUGUGUAAUGAAUGAACAAGGAUAUUAAUAGGUAUUGUAAGUGCCUUAAUUAUAAAUUAAUUAAGUUGCCAGAAGAAAAUCAGUAAAAUUAAAGUUUGAUGAUAGUUCUGAUAAUGAGGAUGAAGAUGAAGAUAAAAUUAUGGGAUAACACAUAGAUAUGUUUCAAUAAUUCGAAAGAGUUUGUGAAUUCACAAAUUAUCAUCCUCAUAACAAUAUUACAUUAUUAGUCACCAAAGUAUGAUAUAUAUUCUUAAUCUUUUUUUUCGUAGUAUCAGGAAAAGAGGAUGGUAUUCUAGAGACAAACAAAGAAACGAAAGAGUCGUAGAUAAGAAACAUUGUUACAUUUGUUAAAGUAAGCCUAGGGGAAAUAAAGAAUGUGA